AUGAAGUUCACCACUCUCUGCCUCACCGCCCUAGGCUUCAUCGGCUUCGCCAUGAGCCAAGGCAGCGAGACAACCUUGACAACAAGGCCAUGCAACAACCCCAAGUACUGCACCACAGUACGCACUCCACCAGCCCGCUCCAACGCCUACACCUCCAAGGAGACCGCCGACUCCACUGAGCUCACCCGCACCAUCACCGCGCACCGCCGCCAGCUCACCGUAGUCGAAUCCCAGACCCGAGCCAGCGUCCACACCUCCAAGUCCAUCAAGACGUACAAGCCGCCCAAGCCCUCCAAGACCAAGACCUCCGGGGACUCUGAAGUUCCUAGGCCCUCUGAAGGUUUCUCGGACUCUGUCCGCCCGACUCGUGUCAGUGUCACUGCUCAGCGUCGCCAGGCCCUGCCCACUACUGCGACUUGCACUGAAAUCACUUCUUGGGACUCCAAGACCUAUGCGACGGCGAUCUCUACGCAUAUCCAAUGCGGACCGGAUAAGUCUAAGCCUACUUGUUCUACUUCGUAUGAGUGUGGUUGCCACUCCUCUGCGUUUACGCGGGAUGAUAAUCCCGAUAUACACUUUUGCUGGCCCAUGGCGACUAGCACUAUCUUCCCCCCGGACUACGGCGGUGGACGGUCGCAGCGGUGGGUCGCGAGGCAAGCGAAGGCUACUCGUGCGCCUAGACUUGCGUCUGAAGACCUCGGAGGUCGGUCUCAGCGUCUUGUUGCCAGGCAGGCGGUACCGACAUCGACAUGUUCUCCGGGCCAUGUGGGAAGUGACUGCAGCGUUGUCGUCUCACCGCCUAAACCGACGAAGUCUUGUCCUCCGGGUUGGGUUGGGCCUGACUGCCCUUUCGCAAGUCGUGUUCACAGCACCCCGACGGUGACGGCUACGAAGGAUGUUUACGCUCGUCAAGAGGUUGAAGCGGGUGGUGAGCCAGUCUACGUUGUCACGGUUACCCAUGUCAAGCGUGUAACCGCUCGUCAAGAAUCUGAAAUGACAGACCCAGUCUACGUCGUCACAGUCACCGAUACUAUUGCUACCACCGCCGAACCGACUGAUCCAGUCUACGUCGUCACCGUCACCAACACCGACGCUGUCAAUCCAAGUCAAGAGGCUGAACCGAAUGAUCCAGUCUACGUUAUCACGGUCCCCAACACCCUCCCUACCACAGCUCAUCAAGAACCUGAGCCAACAAACCCAGUCUACGUCGUCACCGUCACCGAUAGCAACGCUGUCAACGCACGUCGCGUGCCUGAGGAGGUUUCUGCUUCCCUUGAGCGUAAGAUGACGGCUGCGGAUUACGGCUGCCCACCGGGUACUUGUGGACCUGCUUGCCGUUCUGGUCACUACUGCAACAAAUUGUUCGGUCGUGUCGCUGCUGUGGAGGAUAGUGUUUCGAAGGAGCCGGCGGCUUCGGAGGAACCUGUGCCUACGAGGGGGGGUUAG